AUGCGAGGGGAUGGGGAUGUCCUAGGAAGACUGUCCCUGGGUUUGGGUCGCAGGCGCUGCUCUGACACGGCGAGCGUCCAGGACCCGGGACCCAGACCUCAGCGCGCACCUUCCUCCUCCCCGCCCCCACCCACGCGUGAGCUCCACGGCUGCUCCCGGUGUCCCGGCCACUCUGUUACCAGGCAACCGGCUGCCCCGGCGGAAUGCGACCGAGCAGAAUGCCGGGGGGAAGAGAAGGCAGUUGGAAAGAGAGAGCACUGCCUCCAGCCCCACUUCCCGCUAUCGCUGCGGCCUUCGCGGCGCGGCCCCAGCGCGCCCUCCCGUGGCUGCUCAGGGCGCCCGCGUCCCGAGUCCCCACGCCUCGCCGCCCUUCUCCCAGCAAAGCCAAAAGCCCCUUCCUGUUCUGUUACAGAAAAGCAUCCUGAGGAAGAGGAUGAGGUUGACUGCGUUCUCCUUUCAGCGUCCAAGAUCCUAAAUUCCUCUGAGGGCGUAAAGGAAAGUGGUGGCAGUGAAACAGAGUACGGCUGCAUACCAGAAUCAGAAAAUCAAAUCCAGCCACAAUCAGCACUGAAAGCCCUGCAGCAUCAGCUGGAAUCAUUUCAGGCUCUCCGAAUACAGACUUUGCAGAAUGUUAGCAUGGUGCAGUCUGAAAUCAGUGAAAUAUUGAACAAAAGUAUUAUUGAAGUAGAAAAUCCACAAUUUAGCUCAGAAAAAAACCUAGCAUUUGGAACACACAAUCAAAAGGCUGUGCCUAUACAGAAUCAAGAAGAAACCCUUUCUACGGAGAAAAUUUGUCAUUCCGAGGAUUCUAUGAGUCUUCGUUCAGUGAAAGAAAAAUUCAGUAGCGACAAUUUUAACAGUCUCUCUCAAGGUAUAAAUAGCCCAUCCCAGAUACAUUUCAAGGACAUAUUAACUCUGAGAACUUCAACAGAUAAUUCAGCUUCAGAAAAUUCUGACAUGUUGAAGAAUUAUAAUAACCUUUAUAAUUUUUUACCUAAUGCACCUCAAAAUGGGAUGUCUCAAGCUGACAGAGUAAUUCGGGAUAAGUCCAGAAUUACUGUGCCUUUUCUCAAGCAUGGAUUUUGUGAAAAUUUAGACAACAUUUGCCAUUCAAUCAAACAAAUGAAGGAGGAGCUUCAAAAGUCACAUGAUAGGGAACUGGCACUUACAAAUGAACUUCAAACUUUAAAAGCUAUUCCAAGUAAUGGUAAAUAUGACCUUCCCACCAUUCACAAAGAAAAAAUUAACAGUAUUAGGGAAGAAAAUAUUGAAAGUAAUUUAAAUGAAGAUAUAAAAUCGAAGAGAAUUUUAGAAUUGGAGGCAUUAGUAAACAAACUGCUCCCACUCAGGGAAACAGUGUCAAAAUUCCAUGUGAAUUUUUGUAGGAAAUGUAAAAAAUUAUCUAAGAGUGAAAUGCAUAGGGGAAAAAAGAAUGAGAAAAAUAAUAAAGAAAUCCCUAUCAUUGACAAGAAUAUUACAGAUUUAAAACUCCAUCCCAGAGUUCCACGACAUACACUGUCAUUCUUUGACCCAACAAAAUAUGAAAUGAAAGAAAAAGAAAGGCAAACAUUUGCAGUAAAACAAGGCUCAAUAAUAUAUGAAAAUGAGAAAAUAUCCAAAGCCAAUUCUGUUACUGAGCAGUGUGUUGCAAAAAUUCAGUACUUACAGAAUUAUCUGAAAGAAUCUAUGCAGAUACAGAAAAAAGUAACAAAAUUAGAGAAUGAAAACCUAACCCUUAAGACCAAAAUUAAACCUCUUGUCUUUACCACACAAUCUCUGAUACAGAAAAUUGAAAUAUAUGAAAAGCAACUUAAGAAUUUGGUUGAAGAAAAGAACACUAUUCAGUCUAAGUUAAUUAAAACAGAAGAAGAUAGCAAAGAAUGUCUUAAAGAAUUGAAAAAAAUAAUUAGUAACUAUAAUGUUCUCCAAGGACAAAAUAAAACUCUAGAGGAAAAAAACAGCCAACUUUCUUUGGAGAGGCAACAAAUGAUAGAAACAUUAGAGCAACUAAAAAGUAAGGAAAACAAAACUCUAAGUGAUAUGGCCAUAGUCAGUAAUGAAAAUAAACGAUUGAGCGUAGAAAUGGAAUCAAUGAAAACAAGCAUUCUAUUGAUACAAGAAGAAAAGGAAACAUUAGAGAAAAAAACAUACCAGCUUCUAAAGGAAAAAAGCUCACUUGAAAAUGAACUAAAAGAAAAUCAGCUAGAGAUAAUGCAGCUAAAAGAGAAAGAAAUAUUGGCAAAAACUGAACAAGACUCACUUCUUCAAAUAAUAGAAACAGCUAAAGAUGAGAAGCUUAAUCUUGAAAGAACCUUACAAGAAUCUACUGCUGCAAGAGAAAUGAUGGAAAGAGAAAUUGAGGAUAUUCAAACAUACCGAUCUACUGCCGAAGAGAAUUUUCUCCAAGAAAUAAAAAAUGCAAAAUCAGAAGCCAGUAUUUAUAAGAAUAGUUUGUCAGAAAUGGGCAAUGAAUGUGAAAUGUUAUCAAAAAUGGUAAUGGAAAUUAAAACCGAUAAUCAGAUUCUAAAAGAAGAACUCAAAAAACAUAGUCAAGAAAAUAUAAAAUUUGAAAACAGCAUCAGUAGACUUGCAGAAGACAAAAUACUUCUAGAAAACUAUGUGAGAAGUAUAGAAAAUGAAAGGGACACCUUGGAAUUUGAGAUGCGGAAUCUUCAAAGAGAAUAUUUAAAUCUAAGUGAAAAAAUCUGUAAUCACCAUAUUGACGUAUCAAAAAUGGGUUACACUUCAAGGAGAGAGAAAUUCUAUUUUGACAACUAUGAUACUUACGAAGACAACUCCAGCCCUUGGAGUAGGCCUUCCGCUCCUGAUUUGAAAGGUAUGUGUAUAGUAGUGGAUCAGUGAAAACGUGUUUAAGGUUCUUUUAGCCUAUUGGGCAUUAGCCAGAGGACAGCAAUAAGAAGAAAAUUUUUA